UAAGCUCUAUUGCUACUUGUCUUACAGGAAGAAGGAUUGGAGAUAACUGCAAAUUCGCUUCACCCAGGGGCAAUUAAUACCAACCUCAUGCGUCACCAGAAUUUGAUUGAAGGCAUAGUUAACUGGAUUGGCAAAUACUUUAUUAAAGAUAUUCCACAGGGAGCGGCAACUACGUGCUAUGUGGCUUUGCAUCCUCAGGUGAAGGGGAUAACCGGUGAAUAUUUUUCAGACAGCAAUGUUGCUACACCAACUUCUCAUGCUAGAGAUACAGAGUUGGCAAAGAAACUCUGGGAUUUCAGCUUGAAUUUGACGAAGCCUCAGUAGAAACAACGACAAUCUUGGUUUAUACAUUCCUAAUUUCAGUAUCUGAUCUUAGUAUGAACGCUCUUCACAAGUUCUCCUAUUUGUCUUUUCAAAUACUUUUUACUUCUUAUGGACUAUUGAAAGUAGAAUGAUGACCAUCUUUAUAUACUCGUUAAUUGACUAUUGAAAGUAGCUGAACA